GCGGUACAGUGCACGCAGCACAUGCAGUCGCCGUGUCCGUUAUAUAGGUGAGCUCACACAGCUCCCAACAUGUGGCCAUCGUCGCCCAAACCCCAAUUUCCUCAACAACCGCCUUCAAAUCUGAGGUGCUGUUGACUCCCUUCGAUCAUCGGAACCACCGCCUAUGGCUGCCGGAACUUCCAUCGUUGCUACUUCGAGAGCUGUGCUUCAUUUUAAGCACCGGCCGCUUCUAUGCCCCAAGAGGAACUCAAUCGCCGCACCGGAGCUCAGGAUUUUUCAUCCUUUUCAGAAAUUGAACGGAGUUUUGAGGCUUGAUAGGAGUAGACCUAAUUUGACGGUUUGUUUUGUGGUGGAGAAUGAGGAAUUGACGGCGUCAGCGAGUGUGGAAGAGGAGGGGAAUGGAGGUGAGAGAAUCGGAGAAUCGCGGCCGGUAGUGACGGCGGCUGUGGCGGAGAGAAUGGCGAGGAAGAAGUCGGAGAGGUUUACGUAUUUGGUGGCUGCAGUUAUGUCCAGCUUCGGAAUUACUUCCAUGGCGGUUUUGGCUGUUUAUUAUAGAUUCGUUUGGCAAAUGGAGGGAGCCGAGGUGCCUUAUUCAGAAAUGUUUGGUACUUUUGCUCUUUCAGUUGGGGCAGCAGUGGGAAUGGAAUUCUGGGCUAGAUGGGCACAUAAAGCUCUGUGGCAUGCUUCACUAUGGCAUAUGCAUGAGUCGCACCACAAACCAAGAGAAGGCCCUUUCGAACUCAACGACGUGUUUGCGAUAAUCAAUGCCGUCCCGGCCAUUGCCCUCCUCUCCUACGGCUUCUUCCACAAAGGCCUCGUCCCCGGCCUCUGCUUCGGCGCCGGCCUUGGCAUUACAGUCUUCGGAAUGGCCUACAUGUUCGUCCACGACGGCCUCGUCCACAGAAGAUUCCCCGUCGGCCCCAUUGCCAAUGUACCUUACUUUCGAAAAGUAGCUGCUGCUCAUCAGCUGCAUCAUUCGGACAAAUUCAACGGGGUUCCGUACGGACUGUUUCUUGGCCCAAAGGAGCUUGAAGAAGUAGGAGGGAUUGAAGAACUGGAGAAAGAAAUCAGCAGAAGGAUCAAACUAUCAGCCAAGAAUUAGUUUUUUCUUUUUUUUUUUUGUAAGUCGUGUUUUUAAUUUGCUUAUGGGAAUCGUGGUGAAGUCGUGUUUUAUGAGGUGAAUUUUGACUUAGUGUCGCGUUUGUGGAUGAUUUGAAAUAUAGGAAAAAGCGUGCGACUAGAGAGAGGACUACUGUUGACUCUGGAAAUCAAUCGCUGGAGAAUAGGUGACAAUUAUUUAUUAUUAUUAUUAUUAUUAUAUGUGUAAUGUGUAAAUGAGUUGAGGCAGUCGAUUUAAUUAAAUUUGUCACUUUGUGUGAGAGAGAUACUUUUUAAUUUAAUUUGGCAACCAACACUCGCCAAAGAGUUCCAUCACGCAAUCUCUACA